ACGAGAUUCGUGGCGUGAUGUCAUUUCCCGUGAUGAUACCUUAGGGAGAGGAUACACGCGUACAACUGCGUUAGGUGAGCAAAGAAGGAUUUAAAGGACAAAAAUGGACAACGAGCAAAGGCAGAAAAAUCAGGAAAAGAAGGCAUUAGCAGGAAAUAUCACUGCACCUCCUACAAAUAGCUUUAAUUUAGCUAAAGCAACGAAGUCAAUUCUUGCAGGAGGCAUCACAGGAGGAUUAGAGAUCUGUAUAACAUUUCCUACAGAAUAUGUGAAAACACAGCUACAGUUAGACGAACGAUCGGGGGUACAGAAACGAUAUACAGGCCCAGUUAAUUGUGUUUCAGUGACAGUGCGAGACUAUGGAGUUAGGGGUCUUUAUAGGGGAUUAAGUGUACUACUAUACGGGUCUAUUCCUAAGUCUGCAGUAAGGUUUGGGGCAUUUGAAGAAUUAAAAAGAUUUAAUGUAGAUGAAAAUGGUAAUCUAAGCCCUCAUAAAAGAGUACUAUGUGGACUAGGUGCUGGUGUAUCAGAAGCUAUAUUAGCAGUAACACCCAUGGAAACAUUAAAAGUUAAAUUCAUUAAUGAUCAGACCUCAGCUAACCCCCAUUACAGAGGAUUUUUCCAUGGAGUAAGCCAGAUUGUGAAAGAGCAAGGUAUAAAAGGUAUAUAUCAAGGAGUAGUUCCCACAAUAUUAAAACAGGGAUCUAAUCAGGCCAUUAGAUUUUUUGUUAUGGAGUCCUUAAAACAUUGGUACAGAGAGGGAGACCCCAAAAAACCGGUCCCUGUUUAUGUGGUGGGGGCUUUUGGAGCUUUAGCGGGAGCCUGUUCUGUAUUUGGUAACACACCAAUAGAUGUCAUUAAAACAAGGCUACAGGGUCUUGAUGCACACAAAUACAAGGGAACGAUUGACUGUGCAGUUAAGAUAUUUAAGCAUGAAGGACCAAGAGCGUUCUACAAAGGCACAAUUCCAAGGUUAAGUCGUGUUUGUUUAGACGUGGCCAUCACCUUUAUGAUUUAUGAUUCUGUUAUGGAAAUUUUCAAUCGUCACUGGAGAUGGGGAUAAAAUCCUAAAAUCCAAAUGUAUCUCCAAUGAAGUAAUGUAUCGGAAAAUUUUGAAAACUGCUGGCUUGUUGGACUUGACUAAUUAAAGAUUAUAGACACAAAGUGUUAUGAAAAAUAACAUUAAUAAAAUAAUUUGUGAAAAAAAAAAAUAUUGAAUGCUUAAUUUUAGAAGAUAUGGAGUUAACAAUAGAAACUCUUGGAUUUAUUCCAUGUAAAGUUGUGUCCAGCUUGUCCCCUGUUUUCUACAAAUUGUAUGAUUGGAUAUUUAUUUAGAUGUAAAAUAGCAUGAUUGGUGAAUUAUUUGAUGUAAAAUUGUAUUGUUUGAACUGAAAUGAUUUGAUUUUUUUUAUAUGUAGAGGCAUUAUAUGUUAUAAGUGCUCUAUACAUAUUAAUUGGGUCUCAGUGGACCUUGCAGCUGCCAUAUUAGUGUUUAUAGUGAUAGUGCCAGAAUGUGAAGCUUUUAUAUUCUUAUUUAUUUCUAACAUCUGCUGCAAUAGUCCAUAUAUUUACAUGUUAACAGGUUUGUGGAUCAUUUCUGUGUGUGUGAAAGAUGAUAUCUAGUUUUUGUAAAUUUCCAUUGCAUUCCAUGAAAAUGUUAUGUAUCAGGCAUAUGUGUAUUUAUUUGUCAUCUGAUGACAAGAUUCAAACUAGGCUAGAAGAAAACUGUAUGUGUAUUCAGGACUUGUGCAAGCAAAUUCAUGUGUAGUUGCACGUUUUUUGCAGGUAUAUUACCUGUAUAUGUUUACUUGAUGAUUUAUUUUGGUUGAAAUAUUAUCGAUAAUUUUUUCUUGAAAAUUUUCAUUUCAUAGAUUGAUAAUUUCUUAGCGUACCCGGUAAGUUAAUACCAUAAUAUAAUCAAGCAUUGUUGCAAUAGAAAUGUAUUUCUGGAUUAGCAUGAAACUCGUUUUGACAAAGAUACCCCAGACUAGCUUAUCGUUCAACAGAUUUGUAAAAUUUGAUUCAUUAAUACAUGUACAGUGUACUAGUGAAUUAGAAACUUUAAUUGAUUUGUCUUUCAUUUAUUUAUCUUAACAUCCUUUUUGUCCAUUUUUUUUUACACUUAGUAGAUACAGUAUAUAUAUUUUUUAUGAGAAUUUUCAACAGUUUAAUACUUGUAUGUUUAUAUAUCAAAAUCAUGUUUGCUAUGUUAAAUACACGUCUUAUGAAAUAUGAAUUUAUAAGAAAGAAGAUUUUAUUAAAUCAACAUCUCAGGUUUGAAUUUUUGUGAAUGUACAAGUCUUGGUUGAACAACAUAAGUUUUAAUUAAAAAAAAAACAUGGCUUUAAAAUAUUAUGCAAUGUACAUAAAAAUGGGUUUUCAUUUUUGGUGGUGAUCAAUGCAUAUUUUGAUCAUAGUUAUACAUGAUGUACAAUUGCGGGCAAUUUUUUUUAGUGCAAUGUAGCAUUGGUGCACUCAUCUGAGGGUUUUCAUUGGUUCCUAUGAUAAACAAGUGUUCAAAUAUUUAGCUAGCUUUGUGCUUUAAUUAAAUUACACACAUAAGAUAAAGUUAUGCAGCUUAAUAAUAUGUUUUCCAUGGGAAUUUUUUUUUUAAUUUUCACUGAUCAUUAAUUUGCAUAUUAAAUGUUACAAUCUGACAAUAUACAUAUAAAUCCAAAAUCUAACCAGUAUUAAAUGUUUAUUUUAAGUUUAUUUAUAAUUUUAUUUUUGCUCAGAUGAUUUAAUGCUAUUUCAUUUCAUAUACAUUAAUUUGUCAUAUGUACUUUUUUUCUGAUUUUAGAAUGCUAAAAACCAUUUGAUUUUACACCAGGUUAUAGAAAUACUUAAAAAACAAAAGACAAACCAAAUUUUCUAUGCAUUACUCAGAAUUCAGUUGAUGCACUGAAUAUAUGUAUUUAUUAUUUCUUGUACAUUAAAAAAAUUACAAUGUAUUUGAAAAAAAUAAUUGUGAUACUAUUUCAAAUGUAUAUGAAAUUUUGUUCAAUAUAAAAUUUACAUUAUAUGAUAC